AUGGAAUUACCCAAAGUCUUCAACAGUUCAUGGGUGAAUGAAUUCAUAUUAAUGGAGUUUUCUUCAAGAUAUGAUAUACAGAUAGGUUUAUUCAUGGUGUUUUUCUUAAUUUAUUUAAUUACUUUCUUGGGUAAUGCUAGUAUAGUUUUUCUUGUGUAUCACAAUGUUCAGCUCCACACUCCAAUGUAUUUCUUCAUCAGUACGUUGUCCCUUUUAGAUCUAUGCUACUCCACAGAUAUUGCACCUAAAAUGAUAAUAGAUGUUUUAUCUGAGAAAAAGACUAUCUCCUAUAUUGGCUGUGCAGUCCAACUCUUCUUCUUCUGUGCCUUUGGUAGCACGGAGUGUUGUCUCUUAGCAGUAAUGGCCUAUGAUCGAUAUGUUGCAAUCUGCAGGCCAUUAAACUACAGCUUGGUGAUGCAGACAAAGACUUGCUUGACACUGGUGUCUGGGGCUUGUACAGCUGGCUUCUUGCAUUCUGUAAUUGAGACAUGUUGCACAUUCAGUCUCUCAUUCUGCACUUCAAAUAUCCUCAAUCAUUUUGCUUGUGAUUUUCCACCAUUAUUAGGUAUUUCAUGCACAGACACUACUAUCAAUGAACUUAUUCUGUUUAUUUGUACCUCUUCUAUCAUAGUUCCUUCUUUUCUGGUCAUCAUUGUAUCGUAUGUCUCCAUUUUUUUUGCUAUUUUAAGGAAACAAUUUGCAGAUGGAAUGAAGAAAGCUUUCUCAACAUGCAUCUCCCAUAUAACUUCAGUAACAUUAUUUUUUGCGACAGGACUAUAUGUGUAUUUGAGUCCGAAAUCCAAAUAUUCCACAAGAAAUGGGAUUGUGGCUACAUUUGUUUAUGCUGUAAUGAUUCCCAUGUCAAAUCCAAUAAUUUAUAGUUUCAGAAAUAAAGACAUAAAAACUGCCUUGCAAACAACAUUUCAAAGCAGGUUCCCAUACAAGAAAUAGAAAAAAAAACAGUUCACUUCUUCUACAUUCCACCAAAGAUUCUUUAUCUUGUAGACCACAUCAUGGUAUGUGACAGAAAAAAACAUAAUAUUUGGUAUAAUUAAUUAUUAACUAUAAUCUGUGGAGUCAAAAGCAAACUAUCACAGUAAGUGCUAGUGCAGUUUCAAUUUUACAGAGCAGGGAAUGCUAAUAUUUGCAUAUCUGUUGCUUCUACCAAAAUCGUGCAGAAUUUAAUGCAGGAGAUACAUCUAUCACAGGGGCAGAUUCAGCGUCUGAUUUUGGGAGGAGCACUUACAAUAACACACACUAACACAACCAGACACUAACACACACACUAACACCACCAGAUGGAAUAACUCACAUGCAGACACUGACACAAAAACAACCAGACACUCAACAAUAACACGCAUGCACACAGACAUACACUCUAUCAUUCGCACACAUUCUAAAGUCUGAAUAUGUGUGUCCAGCUGCCACGUUACUACCGCAAGGUCACGCAAUUAUGUGACCCUGCUGAACCCUGCCUCCUCCUUGAAAUUAGGGGUUUAAAGAGCUAAAUUUGGAAUAGUAAUCCUAUUAUAUUAUAUAAUUGUUUUAUAAUCUACAUUCUCCUAUUGCAGUUUAUGGGAGGAUUGGUAUUCAAUUAUUUGUAUUUGUGUAGUGUAUACAGUAUAUCACUGCACCUCCUUGAUGCUGUAAUUUUAUCUAUAUGUUUUAAAAUAAUCAUAUAUCAAUGCAGAGGCAUUGCUAAGAUCUGGGGCUACAGCCAUUGUCAAAACCUAACUCAAUAAAUUGUAAUGAUGAGUAUAUGGCUGUAAGUGCACAUUGAUAAAGGGGUGUGUGUACCUCCAAGUGUUUGUGCUUUCAACUUGUCAGUCAUCACACUUAUUAAACAAGUGGAUUCACUUGCAA